AUGAAAACACCUUUUUUCGCCUUGUUCUUUUUGGAAGUAGAGAGCUUCGGCUACUGGGAGAAGAAGGUCAAAGAGUCGAUUUCCGAGUUGUACCGUUUUUCGAAGCAGCUGCAGAAAUGCUCCUGCGGCGAUUUUUACAAACAGUCGAGUUCGAUUUGGACGAUGUUGGCGCCGAGCUGCGAUUGUUGCUGGGAGUCGACUUGUCUCUGCCCGAUGAAGACGAGCUCGCUGGAAUCGGUAGAGAGGAUGCAGCAACUGACCAAUGCGACGGAUAAAGAGCGACUGUACGAAAUGAGCACCAGCGAGUUUAAAAAUUUUACCAAGAUUUUUGAUGAUUUACAGCACAACAUGCUGCAAAUUUUAAUAAAUGGCGUGGAGAAUCGAAAAAACGGGCAGUGCUGGAAAUGUAGACCGGUCGAACCGGAGUGUCGUUUUCCUCCACAGUUUUUGGAAUUAAACGCUUCUCGAGAAGUAGAAAAGCCAAAAGUCGACUCCUUCGUCAAGCCGAUCAUAAUCGAUCCUCCUCCUGUGAUGCUCAAAAUGCACAAGGAGGUAAAGACGAAUUUGGACGAAAAACUGAUCGAAGACCUGGCCCAGCGAUCGACGCGAGACACGACUGCAGAAAAUGCGGGAGCAUCGGGAGAGGGCGCUGUUCCGACCAGCACGGUCCAAUCAACGACCAGCACUCGUGAAUACGGAGACAACGAGGACUACCUGGAAGAAGCAGUGUCUUCGUCUCCAGCGGGUCUUUCACUCACCGCGGGCAAUUCUGGCGUGUUACAGGCAGGUUACGAUGCAAUUCCAAUCGCGAUCAUUGUCAUUGGGGCGUUUGUUUCGCUCAUUUCGUUGAUUGGAUUGCUCUCACUUAAUUCUGACGGAGGGUGUGCCAAGUUCUUUCAACGAUUCUACAGUAUCAUUCUUAUCCUACUUGUAAUUCUGGAGCUGUCUUGUGGCAUCGCCGCGUACGUCAAAAAAGACAACAUCACGAAAAUCCUCAACGACGAAGCUUUGGACUCAAUAAAUGAAGACUGGGAAAUCGAAGUUCUUUCGGACGAUGGUUCUUGGUCUUUAGAGAGAAAUCCGACCGCCGUCGCGUGGCAGGUUUUGCAAGAAGAGUUCAAUUGCUGCGGGUUCAACAAUUACACCGAUUGGAAUAAUGCCACUUCUUCCGGCUUUCCGCAGUACGUAGAAGACAUGCAGUUGUGGCUGUCGACACAGAGCUACAAUCUGACAGCGAUUCCAGUCCCAGACUCUUGCUGCGACGUAAAUGAAUUCGGCUGCGGGUUAAUUUACUCGGCGGAAAAUAUCGAAGACGAUAUCCAAACUAUUGGAUGCAAAAACUCGGUGGAGUCGUUUUUGACGAGCAACAUCGCCAUCAUCGCCGGAGCUGCUGUCGGCAAAGUUUUUCUCGUUGUUGUCGGAGUGUGGAUUUUGCAUGGGCUCGUCCAACUCACGAGAAACAUUCAACUUCGACUUGAUUUUGAAAAUUUCAACCCAGCAAGAAAAACAAGCAGAAUAAUAGUAGAUGAGAAGAAUUUAAAAGAGAAAGUCGUUUUGCUAUUGACGGAUUAUCGGACUGGGUCUACUUUAUUGGGCGAGAUUUUCAGCAGACACGAAGACGCGUUUUACAUGUUCGAACCUGACCACGCUGUUUUGUGGGAUCCAACAACACAGGUCAACUGGCUGAUGGAGUACUUUCGCUGCGAGUUCGUGAGCCUGAGCGAGUCCAAGAUCGAAAACAACGAAGUGAACUGGAGUAAACACCGCGAUUUCGUCUUUUCGCACAAAACUGCUCGUCUCUGCAAGCCGCCCUUUUGCGGGGCGGAUUUUUCGAACGACGUUUUCAAAUGCAUGAAAUGUCAAAAAGUAGAUGUUUCGUUGGCGCGGGAGGUUUGCAAACGCAAUACUCCGGUAAUCAAGACUGUGAGGACCAAAGACAUGGAGAAGUUCAAAACCGGCUUUUUGGAAAAUCAGCUUGAGCCGCGAAUCGUCAUUAACGUCCGAGACCCGCGAGCUGUUGUCCAUUCGAGAAGGCAGCUCGCAGAAGUGGCGGGAGUCAGCUUGGAAAACAUGAAAAACUACUGCGAGUACAAAGUAAAGCAGAAAAAGAUGGUGGAGGAGGAUCCCUGGUUCGGGGAAAAAACGACGUUUGUGAAAUACGAAGAAUUGGCCCUCGAUCCAGUCAGAGAAGCGACCAGAAUUUACGACUUUACUGGUUUUGCGCAGUCAUCAAGUGCCAAGAAAAUCAUGGUCCAACUAACCCACUCGAGCCACAACAACGACGCUUACGGCACUGUAAGGAACGCUACAAAAACUGUCAACGCCUGGCGAAAUAAUUUAAACGAGGAGGACAUUUCACUGAUGAGAAAAAUUGAAGACGUCUGUUCAGAAAUGAUGCGGUUAUUCAAAUAUGAGCCUCUAAUAAAGAGUUGA